AUGGCUGUACUCUUAUUCUCUGUUGGUGCUGUGAUUCGCCUCGAUCUCAACAUGCUCCGAGUCACUCUUCUUGUCUUACUUGCCACCACCACCAUGGGGCUGCCCAACUGCGGCGCCCCUCCGGUAAAUUUGCCACUUCUGGAUGAAGCUUUUACUCUGUGCCACCUGAAGUCAGAAAAGUAUCUAAUGUCAAGAGGCGAGACCCAGAACCAUGUUUCGGGAGGUGUCAUUGGUGGUGCCGUCGUUGGCAGCGUGGUUGGUCUUGCUAUCAUUGCAUUAGGGGUCUUCCUCAUCAUACGUCAUCAACCACGGUCGAAUUCAAUGUCCACUGCUUCACAGUUCGAAGAACUUCCCCGUGCCACAAGCACGACCAAGUUCCCAGAGCAGUCGAACGAAAUGUCGCCUAUCGGAGGGCAACAAUUUCCUCCAAGCGAGGAGUAUAAUGUUCCCCAGGAGCUGUAUGGUUCUGAGCCGGUGUCGCAUGAGCACAGGACUAGCCCUGUGAUCUUGUUUGAGCUAGAGGCCAGCGAUCGCAGGUGA